AUGAGCCAGAGCAAUUUCAGUUUCAUUCCAGUCCUACUCAUUUACUCCUCUGUAGCUCCCCAACUGCACAUCUCUGUACUACUGUCCGCCAUGGCCAGCAAGUCUGUCUUCGUUGUUGCUAUAGAUUUUGGCACUUCCUACAGCGGGUACUGUUUUUCCCUUGCUUCAAGUACAGACCAAAUCCGUCAGGUGUACUGGGGAGUAGAGCAUGGGCUCAAGACCCCAAAGACACCCACAUGCAUCUUGUUCAACCAGAAGCAGGAGUUCAGAAAAUUUGGCUAUGAUGCUCUGAUGAAGUAUAAGAGCCUGCCCUCCAGUGAAACUGACAACUGGUACUUCUUCCAGAACUUCAAGAUGCAGCUGUACAACACAAAAGUCACAUCUGGCAUGGAAGUGGAAGCCAGCAAUGGAAAGACGCUCCCUGCCCUAGUGGUCUUUUCAGAAAGCCUGCGCUACCUGAAGGAACAUGCCCUUGAAACCAUCCGAGAGGCCUCUUUCCAAACUGUCUGCAACCAGGAGGAGAUCACCUGGGUCAUUACUGUCCCAGCCAUAUGGCACGCUGCUGCCAGGCAGUUCAUGCGGCUGGCAGCAAAAAAGGCAGGACUCAUCUCUGACAUGAUUUCUGAGAAGCUGAUUAUUGCCCUGGAGCCGGAAGCUGCCUCACUUUGGUGCAAGCAGCUUCCACAGGAAGGGUUUAUGGCAACCGAUAGUGACAAGAAGAAGUUUGAAGAAACCCCUGGGAUCCAGUAUGUUGUUGUUGACUGUGGAGGUGGCACAGUAGACAUCACAGUACAUGAGAUCCAAGAAAACCAUUGCCUGAAGGAGCUACACAAGGCAGCUGGAGGUGGAUGGGGAGGCAACAGAGUGGAUGAAAACUUCACCUAUUUCCUCAAGGAAAUAUUUGAUGAUGGUGUAUGGGAUGAAUAUGUAAAGAGCCACCCUACCGAAUUAGAACAGAUGAUGUACAACUUUGGUUUACAGAAAUGCUCUGCUAGCAGGGAGGACAUCUACAUACAUUGCUACUACAACUUGACCAAAUUGGCAGCGUGCAAAAAGGACAUCUCCGAAUUCUUCAAAAAAUCAAAAGCAAAGGGAGCUGUGUGGUGUGAUGGGAUGAUCAUGGUUACAUAUGAUAAAAUGAGGACCUUUUUUGACUACAGUAUCAAAAAUAUAAUUCAUACUUUGAGGGAAAUUCUUAGCAAGCCUGGGAUGACCAAGGUCCAGUACAUUUUGCUUGUGGGAGGUUUUGCAUCUAGCAUCAUCUUGAGAGAUGCAGUCAGUCAGGCCUUUAGAAAGAAGUACCAUAUCCUUUGUCCAAUGGACGCCCAAGUGGCCAUUGCAAAAGGGGCUGUUUUAUUUGGAGUCAAUCCACACAUUGUUGCCUCAAGAGUCAGUGCUCGGACAUAUGGCUUAAGAGUAAUUCAUAAAUUUGAUGCUGCUAUCCAUGACGUCCGUAAACGAAGGGUCUCAAAAGCUGGUGACUAUAUUUAUUGCACAGAUCUCUUCCAGAAAUUGGUGGGAAUUGAGGAAUCAGUGAAUAUAAAUGACGUUUCUCAUUAUGAUUUCUAUCCAGUAGAACCAGAUCAGACAGAGGCGCACUUUUCUUUCUAUUGCACAGAAAAGCAGGAUGCUCAAUAUGUAGAUGAGGAAGGGAUGGAACUGCUUGGCUCCUGUACAGUGCCAAUGCCAGACACAAAGCUGGGGAAGCAACGCCGACUGCAGCUGGAUAUUAAAUUUGGGGUCACUGAAUUUAAAGCCACGUGUACUGACAUAACUUCCAAGCAAAGUCGGGCAAUUAUGAUAAAUUUUUUAGCUAGGUAAAUGCUCAGUAGAUCAAGCGGCAAGGGCAAUAAAUCAAGGGUUUUAGUGUGAAGCAAAUAACUCCUACAACCAUAAAGUCCAUCAUCCAGUGUUCUACUUGCACAGGUAAACAAUUUGCUAGUCUGAUUCUCUGGUUCCUUCCAUUCUUCAAACACCCUUUCAAUCUUGGUUAGCUGGAACCGCUGCAUGAAAACUCAGCACUGGCAUCUUUAUUAGCUGUAAUGAC